AUGCAUUUCCUUUCUGCAGUGAUACUCCUCAUUUCCCUAUCCCUACUCUCUGUCUCCUCUCCCCUCUCCCCAUCCAAGUACACCACCUUUUCGCACUCACCAAGCUACGACGGCCCCCUCACCAUCGACACCUUUUCCAACAACGCAACAAACGCCCUAGGACACUGGCACGGCCCUCAAGAAGCCCUCAAGAUCACCACCACCCCAGGCUCCAUCACCCUCUAUCCAACUGACCCCGACCAAGCCUACCACACACAGCUCAGCUCCGCCCUAUGCUUCAACCUCGUCCCCUACAAGCACCGCUACCUGCACGUCGUCUUCUCCGGCCCAGCAGCAUUCGACAUCUCCCUGACCCAGCACAACGACGCCUGCGAUCCCUCUCUCCACCCCUACCCAGAGACAUGGGACACCGUGGAAGCAGCUCGCUACCAAACCCCCAGCGCCAUCUACAUCCCCCUCUCCCAUUUCAACAUCGACCUGCACCGCGUCGUCUCCAUCGGCUUCAGCGGCUUCUACACCACUGACCCAGUCACCUUCUACCGCGUGGCCCUCGUCACCGAGACCGAACUCCCGGCGUCUUUCCGCGUCCCGACGAAACUCCCCAGCGGGACGCUUAAUCUGCGAUGCACGGUGCCUAAUUCGUUCGCCUUCGGUAUUGACGACGGUAGGCCGGAGUUUGCGAAUCGUGUCAUGCAGAUCCUUGAGGAAGAGGGGAUUCUGGUGACGUUUUUUGUGGUGGGGAUGGGGAUUCAGGAUCCGGAGACCAAUUUCUCGAGUGUUUAUGCUGAGAUGAAGAGGAGGGGACAUCAGAUUGCGUUGCAUUCGGAGACGCAUCGGAAACUCGAAUCCCUCCCAUCGACCGAUGAAAUCGACGAUGAAAUCACAAGGAAUAUCCAAGCGUUGAAGGAUCACUUGGGAAUUGAAUCCCGCUACUUCCGACCCCCCUACGGCACAGUGGGCGCGCGCACGCGCCAACGCCUGGCAUCGCACCUCCCCGAACCGCACAUCAUCAACUGGAGCGUCGACAUCGAGGACUGGCUGUGGGCGAACACCAGCACGCCGGAGCGCCAGCUCGAGGCCUUCUACCGCGACGUGCGGCAGGGCGGGAAUCUGGCCGUCAUGCAUUUCGUGAGCGAGAGUACGGUGGAUUACCUGGUUGAUGUGAUUCGGUUUGUGAAGCGUUUGGGGUUGAGAGUUAUGAGGGUGGAUCAGUGUUUAGGGGAUCUUGAUCUGGAUCUUGGCUUUUGA